AUGGCGCUUCUCACGAUAUAUAACACUGUACACUUUUUGAAACUUUUGAGGCUUCGGAGGAGAAGGAACGGGAAGCGGCGGAACGGCGCAAGUGCGGGUACACGCACAGCGCGGGCGCUCUGGAGCAGCGCGGCCAGCCGGUUCACGCAGCAAAGAGGUACCGGCCUAGGUUUCGGCGACGGUGCCGGGAGAAUAUCUCAAUGCCAAGGGUGCGGGGGAGGGGGCAGCACAGCUACGACACGUGUCAUUUCCGGAGCUACGUGUGCCGCGCUACACCUUCGCCGGGCGUGCCCGCAGCACUCUUGGCGCGAUAAUAUCGGCGGUUAUCCACUGCGGUACUUGGGCGAGGACUCCCACGAGGACGAGAAAGAGCAGCCCUACGAGGAGCAAAUCCAUCAUCUGUGUCUGAACUUUGAGUUUUGCCAAUACAAAUCUAUGAACAGAUUUAAGAAAUGGAGGUAG